UUGGACAACUCUGUAUUAUAGAAGACCUCGCUUAAAAUGCGGUCCUCUGUAUGAUGUUCCAUUUUUGGUCACGGCUUGUGAAUCACCCUGUAUAGCAUAAAAGUCGGAAUAGAUUUCUAUGGAAGCAUUUUCACCAGCGGCACUGUACUAAAGGCAGAAAAUAGAUUUUCUUACGUAAGCCCUGCUUAAACCGUCCACCUAUUUUUAGACCAAAUUUUCGCUUACCUAUUUCCUACCCAACAGUGACAAAAUGUACUCGAAAUUGUUCCAAUAGGAUUCCAAAUAACGACUAAGCUAACAUGAAGUAAAACUUUGUCGAUUCACGAAAAAUUUGGGCAAUGUGACGCUUUCGGUAACGUUCGGUUACCGCGCUAUUUUUGGUUUUGAUUUUCCGCCUGUCAUUAUACGCGUUAUAAAUACAUUCUGGUGAGAAAAUACAACAAAAAACUCGGAAAAAGCAGCCGUUUAUAGUGUGUCGCAUUUUCCGAUGUGAAAAGUGAUCGUGGAAAAUGUCGACGGAUGCGGCUCAAGCGAGGAAGCGGAAGGAUAAGAAGAAAAGAAAAGAAGAUGAAGAUCCUAUUCCAAAACUGGUUCACCCGCACCCGGUCUUCACCAACAACAAUACCGUGGUUACCGAAGACGUGAACGUUCACGUUCACAAAGAGGGAGGCGUUGGAGGCGGAAUUUGCGCUAAGUUGGUCUUCUUUUUGCUCUUCUCGGCUUUGGCAGUGCUUAUCGGACUUAUCAUCACCGAACAUAGAGGACUUACUGAUCUGGAGGCGGUCGAAACAGAAUCUCGUUUCGCUGAUAUUUUUGACGGAUGGAUCGACAACAAGCAAGAUGCACAUGACGAUCAUGAUGAAGCUGUUGACGCCAUUAGUGGAGAAGAAGAAGAUCACGAUGAUGAACACGACGAUGACGAUUUAGAUGAAGGCUACGAUGACCAUGAUGAUGAAGAUGAGGAUCGUGAAGAAGAAGCUGAGGAAGGCUCAGAAGAAGACGAAGAGGAUAACGCUUCAGAAGUAGACGAAGAUGAAGAACAAGAAGCUGUUUCUGCUGAAGCUGAAGACGACGAUGAGGAUGAUGGUGAACAGGAAGACGAAGAUGAAGGGGAUCAAGCUGAAGAUGACGAAGUACCAGCUAGUGAAGAAGAAGAUGAGACCGCUGAGGGAUCAGAGGAAAGGGUGGUAGACGAAGAUCAAGACGAUGAUGACAACGACGAAGAUGAUAAUAAGGAAGAAGACGGUGAUGAGGAAGAUGAGAAUGAUGGAGGGUCAGAAGGUGAGGAAGAUGAAGUCGUUUCCGAAGAAAAAUCCUACUACGCGCAUAGUGACGUUGACAAUGACGAUGACGAUGAUGAUACGUCAAAACCGGAUCAAGAUGAUGAAGAAGACGAAGGUUUCGAUGAAAAAGAUGGAGAUGAUCUAGAUGAAGAAGCUGAUGAACGUUACAAAGAUGAGGAAGAUGAUGAGAAAGUUAGUUGGUUGCCGUCUGCUGAAACUACGUCGAAAGAAAAAGUUGAAAAGAAGAAAGCAAGUGAUAAGGAGAAACCUGUAAAACGAGAAGCCACUUCUAAGGAGGAAGAAAUUCCAGACGAUACGAAUGGAGCUUCAAACACCAAAAGCACUGAUGCGCCUUCAAUUCCUCUACAACAACAAUCAUCUACAGCAUCUACAUCAACAGCUGAUAAAUCGGAAGAUAAAAAUCCUAGCCAACAAAAAGACAAUGUCACUGUUGACGACAAAAAGAACACAGCUGACGAGACUCAAAAACAAGAAUGAAGAAAACGCCACACUUUUCUGUUCGUUGCUGAACGGUCUGAUCAACUUUAUUCUACUUGCUGAUCUAAAUACGACGCUUAAAUUAGUUUAGGAAUUUGUUAGGGAUUGUUGAAUGUGUUUGUGUAUAUAUUUAUUUUUUAUAAAACAUUUUGGUACAAUAUACUCCUUUAAUUGUACGUCUUAUACGUCAAUAUUUACUGUUAACUUCACUCCGCACACAUAAAGAAUCUCAAUAAAUAUUGACAUGUUGGACAUAUUUAAUCGUAUUUUUUUCAUACUAACAACACUCGUUUUGUUUGUUUAGAUUUACAAUAAAAUGUGUUUGUUUCAGUCCAAAUGUAUGAUAGUUAUUUUUUAUUAGUUAGGUUUUAAGUAAUACAUUGACAGGUUAUUUUUGGAAUGGAAGUACAAAAUUUGCAUUGAUGUAUAAAAACAACGAAAUUUCAAAAACGUCCAGUUACGCAAAUGGCUAUGUGAUUCCAAUAUCUCAUUCAAUAGAAAAAGUAACUGUAAGUUGAUUUUUAAUCGAAACUGUCAACUGCUCCAUGAAUAUAAUCAACCAGUUGUACAAGAUAUUGUCGCAGGAGAUACUAUUCGCCAAAAUCGCUAUUAAUCUAGUUUUUAAUUAGCUUUCCCAUCCUUGAAAAAAUCUGGAAAUUUUAGGAAUAAUCACAAGAGAUUUUGAGAGAUCAUAUCAUGAAAAUAGAUUGUGUUGCUGGGAUGGUGAAAAUUGAAUGUGAAUCUAAUCAAUAAUAUAAGCCACAAAUGCAAACUACACACUCAAUUAUUUUGAUUCGGUUAAAGAAGAUUUUUUUUGCUCAUCUCUACAUUUUCAAGAACGUCACUUUGACAUAAGGCGUAUGGAAACUGACACGCAAUUGACGUGCGUCGCUGACAGCUGACAUUUAUCAUUAUCAGCGAAGUUAUUUAUGGAAUUUUGUAUAAUAAAAUCUGUUGAUUCUUUGUUUUAACAAGUUGACCCUUUUAUCAGUCCUUGAUCUUUUUCUUCCAACGAUAAUAGCAUCUGAUGGUACAAAACAGUCGGCGCGGGCAGCCGCCAGGCGUGUGUUGAGAGUGAAAAAUCAACAAAAAGAAAAUGUAUACAAUCCAGCAGGUCCAGCGUCCUGAAAGGCCCGAGAGGGAAACGAUCCACUCGGGUCACUUCAUGGUCUCACACUUCGAGGCCGAAGAACAGGACGACGAGGACAACGUGGCCGUUCCGAUACCGGAAACAGCGGAUACGAAAAGUUUAGUGCCACUUGUUGUGCCUUCAACACCGAAAAAUGUACAGAUCAGGACUACCAGUCAGCAGCUGGCCAUCGAUACGAGUCUUGCCAAACUCUUCCAAUGCAUGUCUCUGGCGUACAGGCAAAAGCUGACUUCCCCAAAAUGGAACCGAUUUCGUGGUAUCAGACUCCGAUGGAAGGACAAGAUCCGAUUGAACAACGUUAUAUGGCGAUGCUGGCAUCUCCAAUUUAUAAAGAAAGAAAGGACACUCGUCUGUCAAUUCGCAUCACCGCUAGAGGUAGACACUCACAACAAACCAGAGGCAGUAGUUUUGGAGGGAAAAUAUUGGAAAAGGAAACUUGCAGCCGUUACCGCUGAAUACAAAAGAUGGCGGAUGUUUCACAGGAACAGAAUCCUCGGGCAUAUGCCCAGGGACAUCUCGGAUAUGUUCUCAGAAAGUCUGCUGUCGUGGAGCUCGAAAAGCACCGAGAACAUGGACAUGAUGGUGGAUGAAGACUACAUGGGGCUGAUGAGCGAUACUUUGUUCUCAAGCAUCGCAAAUCAACCGUUUGUCUUCCCUGACCCAAGAGAAAUAGCCAGAGCGGGUCUCGCCGAUUUCAUACAGCCUAGCUUAGGCCCGCUCCAACCGAAUUUGGAUGAUUAUAUGGACACUUUCGAUCCCUUACAAGAUUUCGUUAGCAAUAGGUUACCGACGGUGCCGGAAGAAAAUCAGGGUGCUCAGCCAAGUUUGGAAUGGGGGUAUAUAGACAGUUCUCUAGCGAAUAGUAAUUUGGAUGUCCAACCACUAGGCGCGACAGAAAUAUCACAGUACCCGAUUUCCGAAAUGCAGCAGAUACCUUUGGAAAAAACAGUUCCUGUUCAAGAUACGCGGCAACAACAAAUUCUGUCACAACCAUCUUAUGGCAGCAAUAUGAUGCUUGCAAAUUAUGUGACAGAAGGACCUCCUCCACCUUACCCUUCAGUGAUGUCGAAAAGCAGUUCUUCCAAGCCUAUGAAAUCAACGACUAAAGAAAAAAUUGUGCCAUACAGUAAAUCUGUAGAUAUUUACGUCAACUACCAACGAUCGCAAUGUGUUACAGAUAGAUUGCAGUCUCCUUCGUGUAGCCAAGCGCAGCAAGAACCCACGGCCCAACAACAACAACAGGCACAAAUCGCAGCUGAACUUCAACGUCACCAACAGCAGAUUCAACAAACUUUAGAACAAUACAAACUAGUCCAAGCUGCCUCUCAAGACGCUGUCAAACAGCACGGCUACAAAUUUCCGGUUCCCAGCACGCCUCAGAUAAAUUUUACCCAGCAAGCUCAACAGUCUUCUCAGCAGCAGGUACAGAACCAGCAUGCUCAGAUGCAGUUGAGCGCCGGUGGUGGUUGUUAUGUCCGGAGUAAUUAUGGUGCCGGUAGUUCUAGUGCUAGUGUACUGCAUGGAGUAACAAAGGAGGAGUUAUCGGAAUCGAAACGCAGGGGCGCCCCGAGAGGUAGUAGGGGUAGGUCGAGAUCUAAUACAAGAGAGGGAACCAAGCGGCCGCCCCUACUAUCCGCAGCCAGCGAUUCGUCUUUGCUCACGCCACAAACAAGUGUUCUUCUAACUCAGUUGCUCACAAAUAGCUCGGACAGUAGCGGAACGUACUACAACAACCAGACUCGAUCUAUAAGCCAGUCUUCCCAAGAGAUCCACUCGAACCCGGUGGUUAUAAAAGAAGAGUCUUCAGGCUCGAUGGCGCAAUCUAGCGCCAGCUCGUACGCCGUUUCGUCCCAGCUUAGCGUCAGUCCCGACCAUACUUCUUCGGACCCGCUGAUGAUCAGCACGUUUAGCGAGUCUAACAGCCCAGUGAUGGAUCCGUUAGCUCAAAGUAUCCAUUCUCCAACUUCAUCGCACAGUUCUAUCGGUUCACCGACAACCGAUUCUUAUCACAGAGAUCGGAGAACUGGACACAUUCACGCUGAACAGAAAAGGCGGUGUAAUAUCAAGAGCGGUUUUGACACUAUACAACAGCUCAUACCUCAUUUGCAGCAAAAUCCUAACGCUAAGCUGAGUAAAGCUGCAAUGCUCCAAAAAGGUGCCGAGUACAUAAGGCAGUUGAAAACCGAAAGAAAUCAGUUAAAAGAAGAAAUGGAAUGCUUACGCCAACAGAUCGAAACUUUGAAUACUUCGAUUAGCAAUUGUCAAUCGUUGUUACCGGCGACUGGUGCUCCCGUUUCGAGAAGGGCCGACUGCAAAAUGCAAGAAAUGUUCGAUGAGUACGUUCGGACUCGGACCAUGGAAAAUUGGAAAUUUUGGAUCUUCAGCCUGAUUUUCCGGCCUCUUCUGAGCUCGUUCAACAAUUUCGUAUCAUCUUCUAGUCUAGAUGAUUUGUAUUCUUCCACAAUGCAUUGGAUAGAACAGCAUUGUAGUCUCGCGGAUCUCAGACCAGUUGUUCUCAAUUCACUAAGGUACCUGUGCACAAAAACGGAAAUCCUAUCGGAACCAGACAAGUUACCUGACGAAGCACGAGAAAUCGUGCUGGAAACCAAACAGAAUAAGAAACAUUAGUUAAGAAAUAAAUGAAUUAUAUUUUUAUACUGCUCGGCGACAGUUUCAUAUGUCAGUUUGCCAUUUUUUACGAGAGCGUUAAACGCUGCGAAUUUAUGAAAGUGCGGACAUUUUGAAGAAUUUUGGCCCAAGAUCAGACCUUAGACUCGGACAUAUGCUGCCUUUUAUUACGUAAAUGUAAUUUUAGGGGUUUAAAUAGAGGGUUAAAAUGUGCAUUUUUUAUAUUUGAUCUUCGAUUUUAAGCUGGCAUAAAGAAAUUUUGGAAAUUAUUCCCCUAGGUGGCGAAGUGGUGGUUAAAAUUCUUGAAGCUGAAAAACCAAGAAUAUUUCAAAUUAGGCCAGACUAGAAAGGGAAGUGUAUUUUAAACGUUAACAAAGAAUUUUAGAAAUUAUAACUUUUCAAAUAUAGUUUAUGGAAAACGAUUUGACUUCUGGCCGUCAAAUUUAGCAGGGACAGGAUAUAUCAGCUCAGAUUUUGCGAUAGGGCGAACUAGGGGGAGCCGAAAGUACUCAGAAAUCACGAGAUCUCGAGAACUAUUUGAGAUAUGUAUAUAAGGCAGCUAAUGGACAGCUUAGAACAUAUUUCAAGGAUCCCCCCCAAGCGUGACUAGAACAAUUCAAGCAACAAUGUAAAACAUUUUUAUAAAUUCUUCUGUCAGAUUCAGUUUUAAAUUUGUUACUGUUAACAAACUUUUCGUUUACAUGUGAAUAUGAUUUUAGAAAUUUUUGUUUUUAUGGCAAACUGACUGAAGAAGCUGUCCCCUUUCGCUCAGACGUUUGAAAUAAAGGUGAUAUGGAGUGCAAAUUUUAUUUUCACAAAUUAUGAUCUUGCCAAUCGCAAGUAUAUUUUUAUUACAUUUAAUUCCAAAUCCAGUUAUUUGGACGAAAAUAUAUUUAUUUUAACAGUUGAUUGAAAUGAUUUUAUGUUUGUAAGCACAAUACGCUGCAACAACAAAAUGAAAUAUUCCUUAGAUUAGAAUUUUCAAAAUAUUUUCCAAACAGUUUAAAUGAUACUGUGAAUAUUAUAUUUUUCUAAGUUCCUUAGAGCUUCUGAUUUUUUUUCAAAUAAAAAUUUUUGAAUUUCAGGUUCUGUUCCAAAGUUAAGAUAAUUUCAUGG